CAGAAGAGCGGAUCCUGUGUUUGGUUUCUCUCCCUGUGAAACAGCCGUUAGGUGGCGAUACGAUCCCUUACCAUAAAUUGAGGCAUGUUUCCCGGAGACUGGACAUUCAAAAUCUGAACGUCGUAUCUACCUGUUUUUUCCAGGGGACUUAUCCGGAACAUUCUUACUUUCCCGAACAUUUAUUGUUCUACUCUCGGACUAUAUUAAAAAGUGGAUUCUAAUUUAGAUCGUGUUUAUGGUUUUGUGGGAACUAUUAGAUCUGACGUAAAGUUUGUUUUUGAAUAGCACGUGUGCUGUUUUGAAGAAAAAAUUUGAAAUAUGUUCCAAGAACGCAAAUAAAAGGCAUUCUAGAACAAGAAAUGAAAUAAAAGCUCCAAACAUCACUAGAAAGAAUCAUUAAUGGAAUUGAAAAGUUCGUGAUUUCUUUACAAGUAUGUUAUUUGAAUCGAUUUCUCUGGAAAAAGAAAAGAAGUGGUAAAAAUAGAAGGAAAAAAAAGACUACCUAUAUCGACAUUUUUCUUGCUCCGGGAAAUGAAACAAAAUCACAUGACUCACGAAAUUGCUUCAAAAAGCUAUAAGAAAAUGCUAACUCCAAAUACUACUAUUCCUAAACCAAUCAAGAAUACUUGGGUAUUUUUUUAAAGAAAAAAAUAUAUGUAUGGAUUUAAGAUGGAAAGAUGAAUACUAAACUCGCAAUGGUGCGUGAUGAAUAUUUUCAGCUGUUUUUAUUCAGAAUAUCUUCAAUGAAUAUGUUGAAAUUAUUUUAAAUAAUUCAAUAUUCAACAGAAUUACACUCAAAAUGAAAAUGAAAACAUUUGAAUGCUACAAUCGAAAUGAAGGAAGAAAUUUUACUUUAACUUUCAAUACUAAUACAAGUCUUGCAUAUAAGAUGACGCACACGUAAUUAUUGCUUGUAUACUAGAAAGGGAUAGUUCUUGAUUAAAGACUAUGAAAGUCUACUGUAAAUGUAGAGAUUUUCAUGGUACUCGCAGCAAUGAACAUUCACUAAAAAAUGCUUUUGCGAACUCUCAGUUAAUGUGCCUUACGUUUUUUGAUAGAGUGAUCUUACCUCACGUUGCUUCCAUUGGAAGUAAAAUAAAAACGACACAUUUUGUGUUUUGCUUAUUGUGCAUUUUGUGCAAUCUAACCAGCGCACAAGUUUUUGCUAAAGAAUGCGACUUAACAAAUAUAGAUGAAGAAUCCACCAUGACCUGCAGAGUCAGGAGUUGGCAAAGUAUAAGUAAAAUUGGAGAAACUGAUUCCGACCCGCCUAGCUUCAUCAACAUAUUUUGUGAUGGUAACAAUAAAGAUCAUUCGGUAUCAAAUGGUACAUUUAGCAAGUUAAGUAAUGUGAAGUCAUUAUCCAUUGAAGGUUGCAGCAUUCCGAAUUUUCCAGAAGCCACUUUCUGGGGCUUAACGAAUCUAGCCAAUUUAACAAUACACUUAAAUAAAACUAAUUCCAAACCACUUACUUUUAGAGGAGACACUUUCGCAGGACUACAGAAACUAUAUAAAUUGCAACUUGAUCAUAAUAAUCUCGUCGUUUUGCCAGCAAACUUAUUUUGCAACUUAGAAAAUCUAAAUAUUUUGAACCUUACCAAUAGCGAAUUAGACGAUGCCAGAAAUAUAGGCUUAGGAUCAAUAGAGACUACGAAAUGUUUAUCUGAUCUUAUCAUUUUAGACUUAUCUUACAAUAUAUUAAAAAGCAUUCCUGAUGGGAUAUUUUCCUCCCUAGUGUCAUUAAAGGUCCUUUAUUUAAACAACAAUCAGCUGUCUGAACUCUAUCCCUAUGCGUUCAGUGGCCUUAGCAGACUGCAGAGUUUAGAUUUGUCCAAUAACCGAAUCAGUCAUCUACCGGAACAAAUAUUUCAGCAGUCAACCGACAUUUUGGAGCUUUAUCUUCAGAAUAAUUCUCUCAGUUCGUUAACGCCUCGAGCGUUUCAAGGCUUAAGGCAGCUGGUGGGAUUAAAUUUGAGUUAUAAUUCCCUAGAAAACGUAAUUUCAUCUGAAACUUUAGCGGAUUUAAGUCGUUUGUUUGUCCUGGAUUUGAAUCAUAACAGGUUUCAAGUUAUUACGGAGACGAAUUUCCAUUUGAUAAGAAGCCUCCAAAUACUUUAUCUAAGCUACAAUGCAAUUCAUAAUAUUAGUGAUAAUUCCUUUGCAUCCCUGAGAAAUCUUCACACGUUGACUCUUUUAGGAAAUAAACUAAAGUAUGUUAAUGCGAACACUUUUAAGGGAUUGGAGUCUUUAAAUUAUCUGUCUUUGAGUAAUAAUGAUAUAACAGGCAUACACCCACUGGCAUUUUCUCAUUGCAAGUCAGUCCAAAACUUAAAACUCAGAUCUAACAAAUUAGUUGAUUUUCCGAAAUCCAUAAAUGAUUUAACACUUUUAAGGCACCUCGACUUAACUCACAACAAAAUUUAUAACAUCAGCAAUGCAACAUUUCAGGGCUUGAAAAAAAUUGUCAGCUUGCACAUGGCGAAAAAUCAAAUCGGCAACUUGACGAAAGGCUGCUUUCAAGAUCUCUCGUCACUGAAGACUCUUGACUUUUCUAACAAUAAAAUAAUGUCUUUGGGACACAGCUUGUUUGACGAUGUCCCCGAGUUAAGAGUUGCUAAAUUUAACGACAAUCAUUUGACCGAUAUAAAUGGACUUUUCAUGAACUUACGGUACCUUCAUACUCUGAAUGCAUCCCGAAAUAAUAUAACAUGGUUUGAUUAUGCACUUGUACCAACAGAUCUUAAGAUUUUGGAUAUACAUCAAAAUGAAGUGGAUGGAUUGGGAAAUUACUUCGAAUUGGAACAACUUAUGCAUUUAAGGAAUUUAGAUGCUUCGUACAAUAUUAUCAGAGAGUUAACAACAGCUUCCCUUCCAAACAGUAUAGAAAUCGUGUCGUUUCGAUGGAAUAGAAUAACAGUAAUUGGACCAUUCACUUUUACUGCAAAAACCAAUCUCUCAUUUGUUGAUCUUACAGGAAAUGCAAUUAGCCAUCUUGAUAUCAAUGCAUUCCGGCUUAAAAGUAUACCAAUGAACAAUCCCUUGCCUGAGUUUCUACUUUCAAACAAUACAUUAACUUGUGAUUGUACAAUGGAAUGGCUCCUGCGCAUGGAAAGUAAAGACGAAACGCGCCAGUAUCCUAUGAUAACAGAUCUUGGCGAUGUCAUGUGCAAUGUAACGUUGCCUCGGCAGAAUGCAGUAUUGCCGAUGUCAGUGACUAAACCCUCAGAUUUUUUAUGCAAAUACCGCAUUCAUUGUUUCGCUCUCUGUCAUUGCUGUGAAUUCGAUGCUUGCGAUUGUGAAAUGGUGUGUCCAGAAAAUUGUACAUGCUACUCUGAUCAAACUUGGAACACUAACAUGGUGGACUGUAAUCUUAGAGGAUAUUCUCAUGUACCAAAUAGAGUUCCCAUGGACGUGACAGAUCUUUAUCUUGACGGCAAUGAUAUGAGCCAUAUUGGAAGUCAUUCUUUUAUCGGGCGCAAAAACUUACGGGUUCUUCAUCUCAACAACAGCAACAUUCACAUAAUUAGGAACAGAACAUUUAAUGGACUUCAAAACUUGUUAGUUCUACAUCUAGAAAAUAACCACAUUCCUGUGAUAGAAGGCCAUGAAUUUAAAAAUUUGACUAAACUUCAAGAACUUUAUUUGUCCCAUAAUCGGUUGAAAUCAAUCCAGCACGACUCUUUUAAGCAUUUGAAGUUCUUACGCGUACUUUAUUUGGACCAUAACCAGAUUUCAGAGUUUAAUAUUUGGGUCUUGAAAUACAACCGAGCACUAUCCAAAGUAAAAGUGGGCCACAAUAAAUGGAACUGUGAAUGUGCUUUUAUAGAACGGUUUAAAUAUUGGAUGGUCAAACACCCCAAUGCAGUUGUGGAUCAAGGUAGUUUGCGUUGUAUUUAUAACAAUUCAACAACAAUGCUUCUUUUUGAAUACAGCAAUUCUUCCUGUUCCAAUUUCAGUGUAAUACCCUUUACGUCUGCUGAGUUUGUGGAGGAAUACAUGUCCAUUGUGAUCUUAGUACCCAUGCUGAUAGUCCUCAUGCUAACUGCGAUAUUUUUUGCCUGGAAAUAUCGCAACAAUAUGAAAAUGUGGAUCUACAACAAAUAUGGUGUUAAGCUGUUCGAGAAAGGAGAUUAUCCGGCAGAGAAUGAAAAGCUGUUUGACGCAUUUGUAUCCUAUUGCAAAAAAGAUGAAGCUUUCGUUACGCAAAUGGUUGCACCGGAAUUGGAAUGUGGUGUGCCAUCUCAAAGACUGUGCUUAAGGUAUAGAGACCUUCCCGCCUCUCGGUACAUGGCAGAAACUAUUUCAGAAGCUGUUGAAUGCAGUUCCUGCAGCAUCGCAGUCAUAUCUGAACAGUAUUUGAAGAGUGAAUGGUGUCUCUUUGAGCUAAAGGCAUGCCACCAUGAAAGUCAGUGCAACCGCCGACACAAAAUUAUCAUUAUUCUUUUGAACAAAGUAGACUUCAAAGAGUUAGAUGGUGAUGUAAGAGCUUGUUUCAAAGCUGCAGUGAUAAUACAUUGGGGUGAUAGGCGCUUUUGGGAAAAACUCCGGUUUUCUCUGCCCGAAGGCAGGAGCCACAAGCAUCUUUCAGAUUAUUCGGACAAUAAGCUUUCAACGACGCUCAGAAGAUCUUCAAUGUCGAACUCUGUUAAACUUGUGUGAAUGCGAGAUUUUUUUAAAUCAAACUAUUGUGUUGUUUGCUUAAAUAUCUAUCUGCUGUGUAUUUUUAAAAUGGUGUGUAUGUACAGUUAAAUAUAUAAUAAAAAAGAUUUGUAAAUUAUAUAAGUAUAAAUGAUAAAAGAAAUGUAAGUGCUUUAAUCAUGAUGAAUUUGAAUUAUUAACUGAACAAAUUAGAAUUGGAUUUUGAUAAAAUCAUAUGAAGCUGAGAAUUUAUGUUAUUUUAGUUUUAAGAAGAAUAAAAGUAAAUAUUUAAAAUGAAGUACUUGGGGCAAUAUAGUGAUAAGCCACAAUUUUUCCAAGAGUAACGCUUUUCCAUCAAACUCUUCCUUAAACAGAUAGGUACUUAGUAAUUUGCAAAGAUGUCUUCUGGAAGACAUUAAAAUGAGAGACAUUUUAUUGUCUACUAGGAAAUCGUGAUUUUUUUUUCUAUAACGUGAGAAUCAAUAACGUUCUUAAAAUUUCGUGAAUUGGGCUUAUAGCUAUAUUGUUUCAAACUUUUCAUUUAAAGGUUGCUUGAAAGACACGUGUCUAAUAAUGAUGAUAAUCUUAAGGGUCCACAUUUUUCAAUAUUUACUAUAAAAUGUUUUAGAAGUUAUAUGUAAAAAUCUUAUUUACCGCUACAAUUUCCAUUAAUUGCAAUGAAAAUUGCGUUUAGAUAAAUUUUAAUUGAAUUCCGUCAUACUGUAAUUGCUUAAUUUUAAAUUAUAAUUGUAUUUAUAUUCAGUAAUAAAUAAGUUCCUUUCUUUUGGAAUUUGAUGUAUUUAAUAUACAAAUUAAUUAAACUAAAAUUGAAUCAUACAGUAAUUUCAUUUGGUUAAAAAAACG